AAAAUCAAAAACCCUAAUCGUCUCUCGAGCUUCUUCCUCCCCAAGGUUCUUCUCACUUGCCCUAAAAAAUCCUUCCUUUUCAGUUCGAUUUUCUGAAUUUAAUCGUAAUUAUCGAUCGGAAUUGAAAAUUGAAGUAGAAUCAAUAAAGAAUUCGAAAGCGGAUUAGGGAUUUUGGUCUGAAUUCGAGCGAUCAAAUGGCAGCUCCAGGGCCACCCCGACCCGGUAAUCGUCCACCGCCCCCUUAUUACAACCCUAACCCAAAUCGUAUAAUUCCUCCCCCAAAUUCCGAUUCUUUGUCGGACAAUUUGCACAAUUUGAAUCUCAAUCGACCGCCUUCGAUGCCCACCUCUGCCCCAAGACCUUCACCUCAUUCCCAACCACCGCCGUCAGCACCGCCGGGCCCAUUUUCUCGGACUGCGCAGUCCAGACCUUUACCGGGUCCCCCUCCAGUGGGACCCCCCUCCUCGUUUCCACCGUACGUGGGCCCGUCAAUGUCUUCCGGGCCUCCUGUAGCUUCACCACUUGGCAACAGACCGCCUCCUCCCAAUGCUUUCCCGCCGGCACCCCCACCAGGUGUUUUUCUCGGCGGGCCCCGUUUUCCUCCACCUGUUUGCGGGACUGGACCUUCGGCAACAAUGGCUGCAGCUCGGGCACCGCCUCCUCAUCAUCAGCCUCAGCCUCCGCCAACCAUGCAUUCUGUAUUGGGCAGUUCAGUGGGCAGAGUGCCUCCAGGUCCGCCCGUGCAGCCGCCGCAACCAGUUUCUCAACCUCCACAAACGUGGUCCAUGCAUAAUCAAGCACCGCAGCUGCCGCCAACUUCAGCGUCUGUGCAACCACCAAGAAUGUUUGGCAUGCCACCACCGUUGCCAAACCAAUCCAUGACUGCCAUAUCACAUGCUGUGGGGCAAACUGGAGCUCCGGCGGCAGGACCGUCAAAGAUUGAUCCGAAUCAAAUACCACGACCUAUUCCAAGUUCCUCAGUGGUUGUGUAUGAAACUCGUCAGGGCAAUCAAACAAACCCUCCUCCGCCUUCUACAAGUGAUUACACUGUCAGAGACACUGGGAACUGCAGUCCACGCAAUAUGAGGUGCACCAUUAAUCAGGUUCCAUGCACUGCUGACCUUUUGGCGACAUCGGGCAUGCAGUUGGCUUUGCUGCUCCAACCUUUGGCCCUUCCUCAUCCAUCCGAAGAGCCUAUUCAAGUUGUGGAUUUUGGUGAAAGUGGUCCUGUUCGUUGUUCUCGUUGCAAAGGCUACAUAAACCCUUCCAUGAAGUUCAUUGAUCAGGGCAGGAAGUUCAUCUGUAGCUUGUGUGGAUUUAGUGAUGAGACGCCCCGUGAUUACCACUGCAAUCUUGGUCCAGAUGGUAGGCGUAGAGAUGCUGACGAUAGGCCCGAGCUUUGUAAAGGAAUGGUUGAAUUUGUUGCUUCAAAAGAGUACAUGGUGCGUGAUCCAAUGCUGGCUGUGUAUUUCUUCCUUAUUGAUGUAUCUAUGAUUGCUAUGCAAACUGGAGCAACUGCGGCGGCAUGCAGUGCAAUCAGUCAAGUUAUUUCUGAUCUUCCUGAAGGCCCUAGGACUAUGGUGGGAAUUGCAACAUUUGACACUACAAUUCAUUUUUACAAUUUGAAACGUUCAUUACAGCAGCCACUGAUGCUCAUUGUUCCUGAUGUACAAGAUGUUUAUACUCCUCUGCAGACUGAUGUAAUUGUACAGAUUUCUGAGUGCCGUCAACAUUUAGAACUACUUUUGGAAAGCAUCCCAUCCAUGUUUCAAGAUAAUAAAACAGCUGACUCAGCUUUUGGUGCCGCAGUCAAGGCUGCAUUCUUGGCAAUGAAAAGGAAUGGAGGAAAACUUUUGGUAUUUCAGUCAGUCUUGCCAUCAAUUGGAAUUGGAGCCCUUUCAGCUAGAGAGGCUGAAGGAAGAACUAAUAGCUCUGCGGGGGAGAAGGAGGUACAUAAAUUACUUCAACCAGCUGACAAGAUUUUAGAAACAAUGGCUAUGGAACUUGCUGAGUAUCAGGUCUGCGUUGAUAUUUUUGUAACUACCCAGGUAUACAUAGACAUAGCUUCUAUGUCUGUCAUCCCAAGAAUCACUGGUGGCCAGGUCUAUUAUUAUUACCCUUUCUCUGCGGUUGCUGACUCUGCAAAGAUCUACAAUGACCUUAGAUGGAAUGUCACACGGCCUCAAGGUUUUGAGGCAGUGAUGCGUGUGAGAUGCAGCCAGGGUCUCCAAGUUCAAGAGUACCAUGGGAACUUCUGCAAGCGCGUUCCUACUGACGUUGACCUACCCAGUAUUGACUGUGACAAAACUAUAACGGUAACCAUAAAAUAUGAUGAUAAGUUGCAGGAUGGCUCAGAAUGUGUGUUUCAGUGUGCGCUUCUAUACACCACUGUGUACGGUCAAAGAAGAAUUCGAGUUACAACGUUAGCUCUGCCAUGUACAAGUAUACUGAAUAAUCUUUUCCGUACAGCUGACUUGGAUACCCAGUUCGCUUGUAUAUUGAAACAAGCUGCAAUUGAAAUUCCUUCUCGCCCGCUCAUGCAAGUCCGUGAAAGACUGACUGACCGUUGCAUUGGUAUUCUGUGUUCUUAUAGGAAAUUUUGUGCUACAGUUUCAUCAUCUGGACAACUUGUUCUUCCGGAAACACUUAAGCUCCUACCGUUAUACAUCCUUGCACUAACUAAAAGCACGGGAUUGCGAGCUGAAGGGAAAUUAGAUGAACGAUCCUACUGGAUCAAUUAUGUGUCCUCUGUUUCUACUCCUUUAGCAAUAGCACUUGUGUAUCCUCGAAUGGUGGCAAUCCAUGAUUUAAUUUCCAAGACGGAUGGAUCAAUUGUUCCUCCUGCAAUUCCACUUUCUAGUGAGCAUAUCAGCGAUGAGGGAAUUUAUCUUCUUGAGAAUGGAGAGGAUUGUCUAAUAUAUAUUGGCAGCUCGGUAGAUCCAGAUAUCUUGAAGAAGUUGUUCGGUAUUUCUUCAGUUGAUGAAAUUCCUGCUCAGUUUGUGCUGCAGCAGUACGAUAAUCCAUUUUCAGCUAAGCUAAAUGACAUGGUAAAUGAGAUUCGACGCCAAAGAUGUUCCUACCUCCGCAUGAAAUUAUGCAAGAAAGGAGAUCCAUCAGGGAUGCUCUUCUUCUCGUAUAUCGUCGAAGAUAAAAAUUUGAAUGGCCUCUCCUAUAUCGAGUUUCUAAUACAUAUCCAUCGGCAGAUUCAAAUGAAAAUGUGAUUAGCUUCUUCGGUCCGAUACCGGUCGUGAUACCUUCGUUCUGGGCAGCCGCGGGGGGAUAGAAAACAAGAAAGGACACCUUCCUUCACUGCACAGUUUGGUCAUAACGAAGGACUUAUGGAGGGGAGGGGGUUGGUGCCAGGAUUUGUGUUAGUUUAUAUAGUCAAUGGUAAAUAUUGAAAAGAAGUAAAUUAUAGAGCCCCACAAAAGUGGUAAAUGGUGAAUUAAUAAAUAUAAGAGCUCUCAAGUUUUGUGAAAACAUACUAUUGUCGACACUAUAUAUUUUGUGUGGAAAAAAAAUGUUAGAGGCUAUUUAACAAAAA